UGGUGGCAUGCAACCCACGUACAUAAUGUAUGAGAUUGAUACAAUAUCAAAUGCUGUGAUAGGAUAUCCUGAAACCUGGAAUUCAAUCCAGUCAAUACACACGUUGUUAUGAAAGUUUCUCGUGACAUUCAUUUCACCUGGUGAAGCUUGGACUGGAGUUAUGGACUGGCAGACACAGAGUUCUACCAUCGAUUCUGCCGAUCUUGUAAACCUAGCAAAUUCUCGGACGAUUUUAUCAUGAUGAUGCAAAGAAAAAGAUAGAAUCGCCAACACAAACAUGCACAAGUAUCGUGUCCUCGGGAAGAAAGGUGAAGGGACCUUCUCAGAGGUUCUGAAGUGCCAGCACAUCAAAGAUGGGACAUACUAUGCCUGUAAGAAAAUGAAGCAGACUUAUGAUAGUCUGGAGCAAGUGAAUAACUUACGUGAAAUUCAAGCUAUGAGAAGGUUGAGCCCUCAUGAGAAUAUCUUAGAACUUGUUGAAGUCGUCUUUGACAAGAAAACUGGCAAGCUGGCUUUGCUUUGUGAACUAAUGGACAUGAAUAUUUAUGAAUUAAUAAGAGGACGAAGACAUUAUCUUCCAGAACAUAAAGUAAAAGCGUACAUGUACCAGUUAUUAAAAUCACUAGAUCACAUGCAUAGGAACGGAAUCUUUCAUCGAGAUGUCAAGCCAGAGAAUAUUCUUAUAAAGGAUGAUUUACUAAAGCUUGCUGAUUUUGGUUCAUGUCGGAGUGUUUAUUCAAAGCAGCCGUACACGGAAUAUAUAUCAACAAGAUGGUACAGGGCUCCAGAGUGCCUCUUGACUGAUGGCUACUACACGUAUAAGAUGGACUUGUGGAGUGUUGGUUGUGUCUUCUUUGAAGUACUUAGUCUCCAUCCAUUGUUUCCUGGUGCUAACGAAGUUGAUCAAAUAGCAAAGAUUCAUGACAUCAUGGGGACGCCCGAUGCCAGCAUUCUCAACAAACUCAGAAAUAAAACAAGAGGUAUGAAUUUCAAUUUCCCUGCCAAGAAAGGAACAGGGAUCCAGAAGUUGCUUCCCCACGCCUCUCCGGAGAGCUUAGAGCUCAUUUUCCAAUUAUGUACAUACGAUCCAGAUGAGAGAAUAUCAGCCAAGCAAGCUCUCAGACAUCCUUAUUUCAAGGAAUUAAGAGAUGCUGAUAAGAGAAAACAUCCUGUGGUGAAGAAGGUGGAUGGGGAAUCGGGCAAGAUGUCACCCAACUCAGUUGAUGAAGCCAACAUCAAAACAAACAACAACAACAACAUCAUUACUAAGGAGAUUGAUGUAACCUACCAACCACAGCAAAGGAGGAGGAGGAAACCACGGCGGUUCCAAGAAUCAGAGAAGACGUAUCAGACGACACUCCUACCCAAGGUGGCUCAGUCCAGUCAGAUAACAUCCUCCAAUGUCAACAGCAGCUUUCCGACAAUGUCAUCUUUCCCGUCCUCAACGUUUCCUAAGCUUCACACCGGUCCGUCCAUGCUCCCUAGUAUAGCCAACACACACUACAAUAAACACCAUCAACAUGCUAAAAAGACAACAACCUUCCAGCAGCCAACCAAAACAAUGUAUGGUCAUUACCAGCUUCCAUCCAUCCAUAAAGGUAAAGGAUUCUGAAUGCAAUCAGACAGUCUCCUCUUGUGAAAUGUCUUCCUCAUCCCUUCACCGUGGCAACGAGUUCGCACAACACAAAAGGGCACACAACCCCCCCCCCCCC